AUGGCGGCCAGCGCGGGGUCGCGCGCCGUGCGUCGCGGGUCGCGCGGUGCAGGCUGGGACGGUGGCGGAGCCGGGGGCUGCGGCUGCGUCUGGGCGAGCGGGGAGCGGCCGGGAUGGACGUGUUCCUGAUGAUCCGGCGCCACAAGACAACCAUCUUCACCGACGCCAAGGAGUCCAGCACCGUGUACGAGCUGAAGCGCAUCGUGGAGGGCAUCCUCAAGCGGCCCCCCGAGGAGCAGCGGCUCUACAAGGAUGACCAGCUGCUAGACGACAGCAAGACCCUGGGAGACUGCGGCUUCACCAGCCAGACAGCGCGGCCCCAGGCCCCGGCCACAGUGGGCCUGGCUUUCCGAGCCGGGGAUGACUCCUUCGAGGCUCUCCGCAUCGACCCCUUCUCCAGCCCCCCAGAGCUCCCCGACGUCAUGAAACCCCAAGACUCCAGCAGCAGCGCGAACGAACAGGCCGUGCAGUGAGAUCGGGGGGAGGGCACAGAGACCCACCCAACCCCCACAGGAUGUCUCCCCCGGCCCCCCAACACACAGCCCUCGCCUGGGAUCAAACCCCCUCCACCAGCCCCCCCGAAAUCCACCUUCUCUUCAGUUUGGAGACAAUAAAGGUUUGGCUGGUUUUGUGUUA